GCCUUUGGGCCAACUCUCACUUUCAGCAGCAGCAGCAGCACAACGGGACCGGCGCUUGAUUUUUAUUUUUUUUAUUUUUUUCAUCCGCUGACAGUAAUCCAGCAGCAGCCAUGAUAAGAAACGAGGUUUUCUCCUGUUUUGUCUUCUACGCCGUCCUCCUGGUGAUCAAAAUGUACACUAUCGCGAUCAUAACGGGACAAGUGAGGCUACGGAAAAAGGCUUUCGCCAACCCGGAGGACGCGCUGAGACACGGAGGGCUGCAGUUUCACAGAGAGGAUCCCUACGUGGAAAGAUGCCGAAGGGCUCACCUGAACGACUUGGAGAACAUCCUCCCUUUCCUCUUCCUGGGGGCCGUCUACUCCCUGACCGGACCUUCGCUAACUGUGGCUCGCCUUCACUUCCUCGUGUUUUUUCUCGCCCGCGUGCUGCACAGCCUUGCCUACCUGUUGGCCCUGCAAGCACCCACCCGUUCUCUGGCCUACACCGCCGCACAGGUGCCCUGUGUUUCCAUGGCUGUGCAGAUCCUGAUGUCAGUGGCAUCCUUCGCCUAGUUUUCAAAGACGUUGGGAGUGAAGACUCCCAACGUCAAAAGACUAACUUUGGACGCCCAUUCAUGACCUGUAUCAGAGAGGGUUAACUACGGGUUCCUGUAGAAAGACAGUGGGAGUGCAAUAUAAGCUGUUGGAUUACGCCUGAGCGUUUUAAAUUUUUUUUUUUUAUUUUAACGUAAGAUCCUGUCAGUAUUUGUAUUGUCAUGCUUUAAAAAACGUGACAAUGUCUCAACAGAUUUUGAAGUACAAUGUUUGACGCCAUAGACUCUACUGAUGUAUCUAAAAUGCAAAUGAAGUUUGAUGCAGAUUUUUUUUUUUUUUGGUUUUAACAGAAAUUUCUUGAAAUCUAAUGACUCAAAGCCA